GUAGCUGCUUCUCGCCCGCACUGCAGAUUAACUCUUACCGUGCCGGGAGAUGCAGCGAGAGACACGGUGAGUGUGUGUUUUAUUAUUCUUUCCCACCACUGCGUGAACAUGGCUCCACUUUUGGCACCGGAGGAGGAAAUGUGGCUGUAGUCUGCGGACAGGUGGACAGGCUGGUGCAGGAAAGGAUUGGUCAGAGUUUCUCCUGACCGAAGCUCAUGUAACGCCUCUCUUCAGCCAACGGUCUCUGUCCCUGAGGAUUGCAAGGACAACUCCUAAAUUCAGCUCAUUCCUCAUCCUGACACAGAGAGUGUGGACUGAGGCCACUGGGACGGGCGAACACAGUGGGGCACGCAGAGGAGGCCGAGUGAGCCUUUGUGCUUUUAAACAUUAUGUCUGUUCUUCGACUACAGCAGAAGUGCACCCAACUGUAGAAGAGAGCGAACCUUUGGAGAUCACAGACCGCACGGUAUGAGCCGCUACUGUCCCACACAUGUUGACAGGGGCUGAAGCUGGCCACACAUUCCUGUGUGUGUUUUGCCUGCGCGCAGCAUCACCUCGUUUUGACGGGUACCUAAGUGGAGCAGGGAGCGGCUGAUCUCCCUUGUGGGACGGAGGCGGUGGGGUUGUAGUGUGAGUUCUUCACCUUCCGGAUGCAGAACAUCCUCGAUCAGAAUCUAGACAUGGCCACAGCUCUACUCGCGGGCGAGAAGCUGAAGGAGCUCAUCCUGCCGGGCUCCUCUCAGGACGAGAAGGGCGGGGCGCUAGCCGGCCUCAUGGUGCAGCUCAAACUGGAGCUGCCCUUUGAUCGUGUCGUUACUAUAGGGACGGUCAUCAUCCCCAUCCUGCUGGUCACCCUCGUCUUCACAAGGAACUUUGCAGAGGAGUCCAUAUACUGUUACACACCACACAACUUCACUCGAGACCAGGCACUGUACGCGCGGGGCUACUGCUGGACAGAGCUUCGUGAUGCUUUACCCGGAGUGGAGCCUCACCUUUGGCCUUCCCUCUUUGAGCACAAGUUCCUGCCCUACGCCCUGCUGGCCUUCGCUGGAAUCAUGUACAUUCCCGCUCUGGGGUGGGAGUUCCUCGCAUCCACGCGGCUCACUUCAGAGCUCAACUUCCUGCUUCAAGAGAUUGACAACUGCUAUCAUCGAGCAGCCGAGGGCCGAGCCCCGAAGAUCGAGAAGCAGAUCCAGUCCAAAGGGCCUGGCAUAACUGAACGGGAGCGGAGGGAGAUCAUAGAGAAUGCAGAGAAGGAGAAGAGCCCCGAGCAGAACCUGUUUGAAAAGUAUUUGGAGAGACGAGGUCAAAGUAACUUUUUAGCUAAGAUCUACCUGGCGCGUCACCUAGCUAUCAUCUGCCUCAGCUCCAUCCCCAUUUCCUACCUGAGCGCCUACUACGCUCGCCAAAGGCAGAACGAGUUCACCUGUGCGCUAGGUGAGCCCCCUGACAUUAGCAGCUACCCAGAGCUGAAGCUCAAAGUCAACUGCAAGCUUCCCGCUGUGCAGCUGCAGCGCAUCAUGGCAGCUGUGGAUUUAUCUCUGCUCUGCACCAUGAACUUCAUCAUCCUGCUGAAUUUGCUUCAUUUGUUUGUGGUGCGGAAGUCCAACUUUGUAUUUGACAAACUGCACAAAGUGGGCAUUAAAACGCGGCGACGCUGGCAGAAGUCUCAGUUCUGUGAUAUUAACAUCCUGGCCAUGUUCUGCAACGAGAACAGGGAUCACAUCAAGUCGCUCAACCGGCUGGACUUCAUCACUAACGAGAGCGACCUCAUGUAUGACAAUGUGGUCAGGCAGCUGCUGGCUGCGCUUGCACAGUCCAACCACGACGCUACACCCACUGUGAGAGAUUCUGGGAUACAGACAAUUGAUCCCAAUAUGGAUCCUUCUGAUCUCAGGGUCGGAGACAUGGGUGGGGAGCCACUGGUCAUCAAACGGCCGCGCAAGAAAAUUAAAUGGAUCCCAAGCUCGAACCCCCUUCCUCAGCCGUUCAAGGAACCUCUUACCAUGACCCGCUUGGAGAAUAACGCCAAGCCUGAAAAGCCCAAACCACUCAGAAGAAAAACUGUGGCAGACAACUUCAUUGCACCACUUCUGGAUAAUAAGGGCACACAACAUCCUUCAACAAAAGACUUAACUGUGAUAGAAAAGAAGCACGCGCGGAACUUCUCUCUGGAUGUCCACCCGUACAUGCUGACGAUCCGUAAGCCCAAGGUGGAGGCGGCCAUCGCAGAACCCCUACCGUCAGAGCACAACAUGGACGCAGUGUUCAUCGAAGGCACACACACUAUUGUUCAUGUGUCUGGUGCAAUUACAGAAACUAAAGUCUGCUCUCCAGAAUCAACCAGCACUGCCUUUUCUAAAAUGACCCUGCCCACAACUACAUAUGUAAAUGGGGUGAGCCCCAACGCUCCCUCCAGUGAGGACGCCCUCAGUCCCAAGUCCUCCCCUCCGCAACCAGAGCCUCUCGGCCCGACGGAAAAUCCCGAAUCUCAGCCGCCACCCCUGACCAUAGCCCCCACACACCAGCUGCUGAGUAUACAUCACACUCUAUUUGAGGAAGAAGAGGACGAAGAAAACAGAAGGAGGCGGCUGGCAGAGCGACCCGGGGAGCUCAUCGCUGCAGGAGAAUGUUGAAGAAUAUGACUGAGUUUCCUUUCCCCCCUGACACUGCGCUCACAUGAACACCACGUAUAUCACCUCCUUCCAACGGCCACCUCUACUCUUUGAACGAACUCACACGCUGCUGUGAUGGGUGGAUUAAGCAAAGCUGAACAUUCAGAGGGGAUAAAAGCACAGGGAUGUGUGUAUUCGCUCGCUUUGUCCAGUGUAUUACUGCAGGAAAAGAUGUCACAUUCACGCCUCAGGACGACCGUGUUCAGCUAAUCACCAACCAAUGAAACCAGCAGUGAUAAUUAAUUAAACAGGGUGCUACAGUGCAGGGUCGAAACAGCUACACUGAAAAUGCAUAAUGGCAGAAUGAACAGCAGUGAGAGAUGAUCGAGCUUUCUAACAAUAAUUAAAAAAAAAAAAAAAAAAAAAAAAAAAA